CGACGAGGUAACACGCCCCGGGCCCAGCCGCCGCGCCCUCCGCCCCGAGCGCCCGCUUUCCGUGCUCGCCCCGGUGGGUGUGGCCCGGUCUCUCCCGCGUCCCCAGUCGCCUCACGUCGGGCCGCUCCCGCACCCCGCCGCCACCCUCCCUGUCCCACCCCCCCCGCCCGGAGACCCAAGGCCUCCGAGCUAAUCAGGAAUGUCCGAGGCGCCUGGCAAUCUCAACAGCCUCCGCAUGGCGAAUGUAGCCCUGAGGGAAGAAUUAAAUGCCCUCCGCGGGGAGAACGCCAAUUUGGGCCUUCAGCUCGGCAGAGCCCUGGCCGAGGUUAAUUCCUUGCGGGGCAACGUCUCGAGCUUCAUCCGCUGGCCGGGGCCCUCGGUGCCUGUCCUUUCCGAGGAGAACUUUGAGUUCCCGCUCGGUGAGAUCGACGCCGCCCCCGAGGGGGAGCUGCCCUUCUUGUGCUGGCCACCCGCACGCCCUGAGUCCGAGUUUGUCUCGGAUGAUCUUCUGAUUAACGUGAUCCAGGAUUGCAGUACCUUGGACGGGCCCACGGAUCCCCCGAUGCUGCCCAUGGCGCCCCCGCCGCCCCCUCCCGCGUCAAAGGAGCCGCCCCCGCAGUCCUCUCAGCCACACCAGGAGCGGCCUGAGGUGGAGCCCUUCUCUGGAGACCCCAUCUACCUGGCUGAAUUCCUGAUGCAGCUAGAGACCUUUAUAGCUAACCAUGAGGAACAUUUUCCCCGGGACGCAGAGCGCGUGGCUUUUCUGAUCACCUAUUUCACGGGCCAAGCCAAAGACUGGGCCACCUCAGUCACCCAGGAAGGAAGCUCUCUGCGUACCAACUAUCAGCGCUUCCUGGAUGAAACCCGUAAGGAAUUUUGUGGCCCUAUCCCGGUCCGUUUGGCUAAAAAGGCCAUCCGUAGGCUUAAGCAGGGAGAUGGCCCCCUCCGCAGCUAUGCGGAUAAUUUUCGGUUCCUGGCCCAGUUCUUGUCCUGGGAUGACUGUCGCCUUCAAACCCAGUUCCUCCGGGGCCUGCCGGAGUCGUACCGAAAAGAGCUCUUAUGGUCAACUGAAAUGGCUGACCUGGAGGAACUGAUCCUUGAAUGUGCAGAGAUAGAAAGAAAACUGCGGACCCUCAAGCCAAUCCCGCUCACUGGGCAUCGCCUGGGCUAUGGCUCUUUGUCUUCUAACACUAAUGAGGCUGAAAGUGAGAGUGAAGAGCACCACAAUGGGGGUGAAGAUGAAGCCACCCGCAGGCGCAGGCUUUACCAAAAAAUCCGCCAGAGGCGCUUGAGAUCUAUGACACAAGAGAUGAGGGAGAGGUUAGAGGCGGAGAUGAGGAAGAAGGAGGAAGAGAUGAGCAGAACGGUGGUGCUGGAGGAUGAGGAUGAGGAUCAGGAGGUCGAGGUGGUGGAGUUAGAUGAGGAAGAGCUGCAAAAGAUAGAGGAGAUGAAGAAGAAUGACGAUGCCCAGGAGGAAACAGAGGUGGAGCAGGAGCCAGAGGACACACCUGAGGAGGUGGAGGAGGAGUCCCAGGAUGAAGACCUGGAGGAGCUGAUGGAGAUGGAGCCUGUCCUUGUGACCACUUCAACCCAGACCCCCAACGCUGUAGUUAACUUCCAUGCUGAAAACUUCCUGGGGGCAUCGCCUCCCAUCAUACAGCCUGGCAGACGGAGGAGCCAGAAUCGAGCCCCACUUCUGGAAGGCCUUCCAGGCACCAAUUCGCCAUUCUACAGCUCACCGCCACUGAUUCGCCGAGCCGGUCGCUUGGGGCAACGUCAGACGCGAAGACGACCCCCAGUGCUGUUCCGUCUCACUCCAAGACAGGGGGGCCACCGAGCUUCUCGGGGCCGAAUUCGCGUGUGAGUGCUGGGGCGAGACGACCAUCCACAACACACCCUUCUACUACACCCUCCUCCCUCCACCCUUGCUAUUUGCUGCCACACCUGCCCCAUCUGCUGACCAGUCCUUAAGGGAAAUCCAGACCUGCAGAACCCAAAGAUGAACUGUAGAACUCUGGACUACAGUGCCACCAUGAUCAGAGAGCCUCGUGUGCCCAGCCAGGGCCACCUGGGCAGGGAGGGCCAGCAAUGGCUCUCUUCUUGUCCCAUGGCUCAGUCCCACCUCCAGCUGGAGAGCAGGUUUCUGGGCCUCUUCUUGUAACUGAACUGGUCACCUCCUGAAUUUCCCCUCUAGUUAUUCCUCAUCCUCGCCUCUCUGCAGUUAAUCACCCUGUGUUUUACGAUUUUGUCUUCUUCCUGGCUCACCAAGACUUUACCCGGUGCCUCACUGAUCUGCCCCAGGGAUUGAAAGGACAGGCUAUACUGAACUCCAAAGCCACCGAGGUCAAUG